AUGUCUGAGUUUUUAAAAUACAGCGUGAGAUUUGAGAGCAACCAGAGUGGAACGGUUGAUCGCAAGCACGUUGGGGAUCCCCCUGGCUAUGAGCCAACUGCAAGCAGGGAUGUGGUAAGAACUACUGCUGCUUUAUGGCAAAGGAGGAUGGAGAUUACCUUAAUUUCAGAUCCGCUGUACAGCAGAGCAACUGGGACAGUGAAGAAUAUUGGCUUCAUGUGCUUCAUGAUGUGGAUGAGCGGGAGCCAGAUCCACUUAUUUAGCAUCAUGAUGACGGUAUCCGGCAUUUACCAGCCACUUGCAGCCAUCAUGAACUCGAAACAAACGGAGGCGUCAGAGGGCGGCAAGCUAGAGGUGCUGAUACCAAGGCUGCUCUACUGCCUCAUCCAAGCAGGAGGGCUUGCCUUUGGGUUAUGGAAGCUGAACACAAUGGGUCUCCUGCCCACCCAUGCCUCAGACUAUGUCUCCUCCCUCAAGGUCCCAGCCAGUCAGGAGUUCUCGACCGGUGGCGUGCAGCUGCCCAGAUAG